AUGGCUGCUGCAUCCUUCGUUACGUACCUCGAGACGCCUAGAGAGUUCCGGCUGCUGGGGUUCCGGGCGCCGCCGCCGUCUCCGGUCACCGGCGUUGUGACAAACGGUGGCUCUGGAUCACCUGAGUACGGUGAGUGCCCCGACGGCAACGAAGAUGACGAGGUCGGCAGGUUCCUGCGUCGCUCCGCCAAGGUCCCGGUGCUGCGGCUGCCGGAGAGGGCCAUCCCGCGGAAGAAGAAGAAGAGUGAUAAGGCGGCGUGGGCUCCCCCAGUCAUCGACAUGCGCCUGCUGGACACGCCGGAUGGCAGUGGUCCGGUGGUGGAGGCUCUGAGGUCGGCGGCCGUCGCGUUUGGCUGCUUCCAGGUGGUUGGCCAUGGGGUCAAUUUGUGCCUGGUCUCUGCUGCGGCGGGGAGGGCGAGUUCGCCUACGCCGGAGGAGGCCGGUGGAGAAGAUGGUGAGGAGCUGUGGUGGUCACCGAGCGAAGGAGACCAGUUGAGGAACGGGGCAGCCGAUCUGUUCACCCAGCUGGAGCAAACCGCAGCCAAACUGGUGGAUGCCUUGCAGCGGGACAGCGUUGGCGCCACCAUGGUCAGAGCUGACAGGAACGGCUCGCAACUCUGCAUCCGCACGCACCACGGCCGGCAGUGCGAUAUCGGCCCUAUCACUAUCAGCCAGGACGACAUCCUGAGGAUGCUGAUCAAGAGCUCGCGCUGCCCGCGUGCUCUCGCUCUCCACCUCUGCCCCGGCGCCUCCACGUUCCACGUCUUCUCCCGGCAGCGGGGAUGGUCCAGGUUCCGCCCCCUCGGUGGCGCCGUCGUGGUCACCGUCGGAGACCAGCUUCAGGCAUGGAGCAGUGGACUCUACAAGAGCGUGGCCGGGAAACCGGCUUACAGCGACAGCGAUCUCCGAGCAGAACGCGGCUGCGACGUCGUCUCGGCGGAGUACCUCCACACCUGCUCUUCGGCUAGCAUGGAGAGCGAGCCCCUGGACGCGGAUGCCGGGAAGACCAUUCAGUUGAAUGUGCAGAUCAUUGUAGCAGCUUGCCUUGUGCUCCUUUACUACUUUCUCCUGUCAUGCUUGUAUACGAUUUGGUCUUGAGAAGCUGCAGCAGGACUUGUUGCCCUGAAAAUGCAGCUCGGUUUUUAUUUCAAGUUCAGCUCGGCUUUUGGAAAUGGAA